GCAAGAUGGCGGUCGCCGGCGGAGGUUUUGGCGGCCCCGUGGAAGUGGCGGUGGUGGCGGCGGCGGGGGAGACCUCUUUGGGACCCGGUAGCGGCGGCUCCUCUUCGAGCUCGUCGGGUAGCGGCUGCUGCUCGGUGUGGGAAGUGGGCUCUGGGGCAUCGGUAGCCGGCUACCGCGGGGGCUGCUGCGCCCCUCGUGGGCUGACGCUGCUAGGCGGGGAGCAUCUUCUCGGGGCGCAGCUCGGCAAGGCCUGCGUGGGAGCCUGGGAGCUCCAGAGGAAGGAUCAACUCCAGCAGAAGAUAAUAUGCCCAGGCCCAGUGGCUUGCCUGACAGCUGCUCCCAACGGUCUCUACAUCUUGGCAGGCAUUGCUGAAAGCAUCUACCUCUGGGAGGUAUCUGGUGGGAAUCUACUUGCCAUCCUGAAUCGACAUUAUCAGGAUUUAAGCUGCUUGGCCUUCACGGACGAUAGCAGCCAUUUUCUCUCUGGAGCCAAAGACUGUCUUGUCAUAAUCUGGAGCCUGUACAGUGUGCUGCAGGUGGAAUAUGGCCAGAGCCCUGAGCCCCGCCACGUGUGGUCACGGCACAGCCUUCCCAUCACAGAUCUCUGCUGCGGUGUUGGCGGUCCCUUGGCCAGAGCUGCCACAGCCUCUUUGGACCAAACAGCAAAAUUGUGGGAGAUCUCCUCCGGGAACCUUCUCCUCUCUGUCGUCUUCGACGUGAGCAUCAUGUCAGUGACCCUUGACCUUGCGGAAUACCACAUGUUCUGUGGCGGGCUGGAUGGUUCCAUCUUCCAGGUUGAUCUCUGCUCCUGGCCUGUGCAAAGAGAAAGAGGUUUUCAGUCUGAGCAGGAGAACGGAAAGAUCUUCAAAGGACAUAGGAAUCAGGUGACGUGUCUCUCCGUCUCCACUGAUGGAAGCCUUCUGCUCUCUGGCUCGCAUGACGAAACCGUUCGGCUGUGGGACAUCCAGAGCAAACAAUGUCUCCGCACCGUGAAUUACAAAGGUCCGAUCACAAAUGCUUUCCUCACCCUGGCACCUGCCAACAUGCUGAAUCCGGACAGCAAGCCUCGCAUCCCACUGCCAAAAUUCAGCCGGCAUCUUCACAGCACAGAGAACAUGGAAAGCUCUGCCAGCGAGGGGCUGACACUGUGCCUGGGGCUGCAUCAGAAGGGUUCGGGAGAGAGUUAUUUGGAGAGAACAGAGCGCUUAUAUCUCCAGAUGUGCUCGACACGAGAAAAGAAUCUGAUGGGUGACCAAGAGCAACUGAAGAUUCAGGUGACAGAACUGGAGGAGGAAGUCAACACCCUGCGGAAGAUCAACAAGAGUCUCUUCGACUUCUCCAGCUCUAUCAUCACCUCAGCCAAAUAGAGAGAGCAGCCUCUGAAUCCUGGCUAGAGGUGGAAGGAGAGACAAGCCGGUCAGGGUUCAUCUUGGACGCAGCCAUUUUCCUCCUUGACAAUGUUUGAUGGGGUCGUGUACAGUUGCAGAGAUACGCUCUUGUAACCAGCGGGGCUGGACAUGGAAGUCUGUAGCAUCCAGGUGUUCUGGGAGGAGACCUACCCCCCCCCCGCCUCCCCCAAAAAAUAUCUUUAUGGGUAGAUAGCAGACAGUAUGAAAGGAGAAUAACCCAACAGGGAAAAGAGAUGGCCCCUUUUAUUUUACAGCAUUUUUUCAUCCCACAAAGUCCUUUCAUCACUCCUCAAACAGAGCAACUAUAGAUGUUCCUCCAGAUGCCGUCACCCCCUUUUUCUCCAGUCGGAAAUCACGCGGCUGCUUUAAAAUUCCUCGCGUGCUUGGGAACUUCUGGGGGUUGAAGACAACCGUGGGCUUCGAAUGCAUCCCACUCAGGAGGUGGAACUGCCCGCCUUGUCAUGGCCGGGGAGAGGGGACAAUGGACUAAGCACAAAGAAUGACCUGUGAAGCUGGACUGAGCACAGAGGCUUCCUGCCCUCAAGAUCCUGCCGGGGGGGAAAUGGAGAGAUGGGGAAGAUUUUGUCAUGUUUUCCUCAUUUGCAAAGAGUGAGAAAAACCUUCCCUGCAAGGGCGUCCUGACAUGAUAAGAAGGGGAAGGAUCUAUCUUUUUUACACUCACAGGCCAGCAAAAAAAAAAAAAAUGGGGGUCUUUUUAACUGACCUGCUACUCUUCUUGCAGAAAAAUUGUGGACUUUUUGUCUGGUCCAUCAUUCUACCAACGUGCUCAGAUCUUUAGCCAACAGGAUGUCUAGUUAGGCUUCUUUCAAGACAGCUCCUUUGGCUUCCGCAGGCUUGCAGGUUUCAGUGCCAACCUCAGGAUGCGUUUGCCAUGUAGCAGAUUUAUUUUAUCUUGUUUAAUUCUCUUUCUUUAGAGGAAAAAAAAAGCCCUCUGUUUCUGUAUUCAGCCAAAUUGUUCUUCCUUGUAUUACACAUUGUU